CUAGCUGAAGAAGAAUAAAAAAUGCCGAGAAUCGUUCUAUUUUUGUGUUGCGUUUAUGUGGCUUUAGCUGCCACAACCACCAAAAGGUCACAGCAUUCGACUCAUGCCCAUCACCCACAUUCCCACGGAACACGCCCCACUCACGAGGCGUCAGUGGGAGAAUCUUUCUCAUUCUACUACGACUACCACACGCAUGUUUUGUCCGUAAGAUCUGGACAUACCUGUUACCUGUAUAAAACAAGCUCACAGGAACAGAUGAACAUUCAUUCGUCACAUGGACUUCAUACAAUUGAGAAAAAUGUGAUCGAUAUCAUCGACUCCAAUCCCACUAUGGUCUCCAUAACACCUGAUGCUCUGGUUGCUAUGCAUGCAGUACUUGGACACCUAUAUUUUCUAGAGAAAUGGAAAUCGGGAAUAACAGCGCGGGAACUAAUUUUAGAUGACCAUCUGAACUUAUCACAAAUCUCAGAGAGUCAGUUAGUGCUCACCUAA